AUAUUGCCCCCCUCCCCUUCUCUCCUCCUCUCACCUUCCGCGACAUUUUGUCUCGUUCCUAGCAGCCUGUUUCCACUUUCCAGGGAUGCAGCAGUUGACGCGAGGAGGAGGAGGCUGUUAUUGUGACGGUUGGAACCGAACAGAACGGGAACAUGAUUCAGAUGAAGAACCGGGCGCUCCUCAGAAGCACAAUAUCCGUUAGAUUGAUGGAAUAAUAAGGCGUUGGAUAAAGAAUGAAAAUGUGACCGUUAUUGUCGUGAGACAGCUCUCCUGUGGUGCAGUACCGAUAGCAGCCAUGGUGUACGCCCAAUCAACAGACAGCAUCAAGCCCUCCCUCCUGUCCCUCCUCUCCCCCUCCUUUACCCUCCCCAUGACCUUUAACCUCUCAGACAGGGACAACACCAGCUCAGCCACACCCUUCCUCUGUAACCGCGAUGCCCUCUCCUCCUCCUCUUCCUCCUCCGGCCUCUGGAACACCACCCAGGUGUCGUAUGAACUCACCCCAGCGGAGGUGGCUGUUCUGGGGCUGGUGUUCAGUCUCCUGUGGCUGGUCUCCAUCCUGGGUAAUGCUCUAGUGUGUGUGGUGAUCCACCGCAGCAGGAGGAGCCAGUCCACCACUAACUACUUUGUGGUGUCCAUGGCCUGCGCUGACCUGUUGCUGUCCCUGGGCUGCGCUCCCUUCAUCCUCCUCCAGGUGACCUGCGGGGGCUGGCCUCUCAGCGCCGUCGCCUGUAAGGCUGUCCGCUACCUGCAACACCUGUGUCCCGGUGUCCAGGUGUAUGUCCUGCUGUCCAUCUGUGUGGACCGGUUCUACACCAUCGUGUACCCGCUAAGCUUCAAGGUGUCCCGGGAGAAAGCCAAGCGGAUGAUCCUGGCCUCCUGGCUGUUGGACGCCGCCUUCGUCUCCCCCUGCUUUUUCUUCUACGGCUCGGAGGCGGCGGCGGCGGCGGACGGGGGCGGGCACUGUGACUUCUUCCUGCCGGCGGGAAGCUGGGACGGCGUGGCGUACGGUUCCGCCCACCUGCUCCUGGGGUUCCUGGUCCCAGGUGUCCUCAUUGUGUGGUUCUACCGGCGCGUGGUCCGAUACAUCUGGAGGAUCGGCGCAGAUGGACACACGGUCAGGAGAACCACCAACAUCGUCCCCAGGACUAAAGUGAAGACCAUCAAGAUGUUUCUCGUGCUGAACGUGGUGUUUCUCCUCACCUGGACUCCGUUCUACGUGGUCCAGCUGUGGCACCCCAGCGAGGCCCCGAGCCCCGGCAGACAGGGGGCGCUAGUGUUCUGCUGUGUGGUCUGGGUGUCGUUCAGCGCCACCGCCUCCAAACCCUUGCUCUACUCCGCGUACAACGCUAACUUCAGACGCGGCAUGAGGGAGACCUUCUGCACGUCCUCUAUGAAGUGUUACCGUAGCAACGCCUACACCGUCACCGCCAGCUCCCGCGUGGCCAAGAAGAACUACGUGGGCGUGGUGGACAUCCCCGUGGCGACCAAGACGACGCACACCAACGACUCAGUCUACGACACGUUUGACCGCGAGGCCAAGGAGAAGAAGCUGGCCUGGCCAAUCAGAGCCAACCCUCCCAACACCUUCGUCUGACAGGCGGGGAGGGAAACGGGGUUUAACUAUCAAUCAGAGCCAACCCUCCCAACACCUUCGUCUGACAGGAGGGGAGGGAGACGGGGUUUAACUAUCAAUCAGAGCCAACCCUCCCAACACCUUCGUCUGACAGGCGGGGGGGGAAACGGGGUUUAACUAUCAAUCAGAGCCAACCCUCCCAACACCUUCGUCUGACAGGAGGGGAGGGAGACGGGGUUUAACUAUCAAUCAGAGCCAACCCUCCCAACACCUUCGUCUGACAGGCGGGGAGGGAAACGGGGUUUAACUAUCAAUCAGAGCCAACCCUCCCAACACCUUCGUCUGACAGGCGGGGAGGGAAACGGGGUUUAACUAUCAA